UAGGAAGUGCUUCCGGUAAGGGAAGGAAAGCGGCCUAGAAUUCCGAAUCCAUCAACAUGGGAAUGCAAAUAGCUACAAGACGAGAAUAUGGACACGCGAAGAAUUACUCAGAUAUAUAAACUCGUUUGGCGGAAAUGAUGAAAUCAAAAAUAAAAUGUGGUAUCCAGCAACAGCAACAUAUCCCUACGUGCAACUUGUUCGUGAUGGACAUCUACCUUCUUCAGUCCCCCUUUUCGAUGUCGCCAGACUUCAGGGUUUGGAGGCCACCUCAAGUUCUCUAUAUCCUGGGACCUUCCCAACAAGAAUUCUAUCUGGUUACUGCUGGCGGUCUGAUUCGAGAUGGAGACACAGUUUAUAUGCUCGUGGUUCAAGACGUCUCCCUAAUGGGCUGGUGUUCAUGUAAAGGAAGCGGGUCAUCGGCAAGACACCACUCGAGCUGCACUCCAGUAUCAAAGCACAUCAUCUACCAACAAGAUCUGCAACAAGAUCCUGUGGGGCUCAUCGGCUCGCUUGUUCACUAUUCCAUCGACCAAGGAUACGGGCUUGUCCGCGUAAACCCCGAGUGGUUCGCCGGCGACGAGGAAGCCGUGGCACAAGAAGCCAUUCCUAUCGAGCAGCUAGAGGCACACACCGACGAGCCUGAAAUAAUGGACUUUAUCGAGUUCACCACCGCAAGUGGUGAGGAGGUUACUGGUGUCAUUGUGGCCUCGCAGAAUCAUUGCGUGCAGUCUGGCAGCGGUCGAAGAAGAAUCGCGGCUCUCGUAGUUAACACAUCGAGUUACUCUGUCAAACCCGAAGACUGCGGCGCAUGGGUUCGGAGAUCAAUCGCAUCUGAUCGACCGAUGUUACUCGGACAUAUUGUUGGAUUCAGCGAAAACGAAAGUUACGGCAUGCUACUUCUGCCGUUCAAUCGAUUCAGGGACGACAUGCGCAGGACACUUCGUCGAAAGGUUUUCAACAUGCUCGGCUGAAAUCGAAGAUAAUAUGGCUACAUAGUGACCGCGGUGGUCAGCAAAACGGGUAAUAACUGGCACUGUCUGAAAUAACUGGGAUCUGAGAAAAUUAGAUGACAAGAAGCGUCACCGCUGCAUGGAGAAUUGGGAUUAGCAUUGUAUCACACGGCAAGGCAUUGUCGGUUUUAACAUCGGCAGGUAUACGAUGUUUUUUUCCACUGUUUAUCGGUUGCACAUUCGUUCAAUUUUUUUCUGCGUCACAUUUACCAGAGAGAGUUAGAAAGCCAGAUAGAAUAAAUAUCUCAUCGCCAACACUGAAGCAAAGAGAUGAUGGGGUAAAAUAAGUACUUGUACUUCAAAAUGCCCCAUAGAGAUAAACAACCUUUGAAAAGAUGUUCAUAACUGC